AUGUCUUAUUAUUACCUUGAUAGAAGUCAAUUCUCAAUUGAUCGCAUCCUCUUGCUUGCCUCCCUUGAACCACAAACACAUGAUCUGGUCACAAUGUUAUUAUCGACAGCAAUGCAUAGAAAACACACGUAUACUCUUCUGGCAGCUAUUGUGAUUGUCGUGCUUUUGGCUAGCAAUUACGCCUAUAAUGGCCAUAUAAGUCCAAACAACGCACCUCAAGAGCCAGAAAGGACAAGUGCUACCAUAUUAAAGACAGAAGCAUUUCCUCAUAAGAUUUGGCAGAGCUGGAAAGACGACUCCGAGAAUCCCACUGAAAGGACAGUUGGCUUCCCUCAUCAAUGGCGUGUCGUAAACCCUGGCUGGCGGUACGAGCGCAUAACCGACGCCAACAAUGACGCUUACGUUCUUGAUCGCUUCGACACCAACAUUUCGGAUGUUUUUACAAGCCUGAAAGAUCCCAUCUUGAAAGCCGAUUUCUUGAGAUAUCUCAUCCUGCUGCGCGAAGGUGGUGUAUGGACAGAUAUCGACGUGUAUCCACAUCAGCCUGUCUCAAAAUGGAUACCCAAGCAAUAUCAAGGCUCAGUAAAUCUGGUCAUCGGGAUAGAAAACGAUCAUCACAAGAAACCAAUCUGGCCUGGUUCACCGUAUUCCGUACAGCUAUGCCAGUACUCAGUAUUAGCAAAGCCAGAUCAUCCGGCUAUAAAGACAGUUGUUGAACAAGUGGCGAGGGAUCUCAAGACGCUUUUUGUGUCCAAGAAGCCUGGAGAAGGAGUUUCAUUUGAAGAGGUCAUGAGUACGACUGGACCAUUUGCUUUUACGAAAGUUCUCAUGGACUACUUCAAAGAAAUGACGGACACGGAACAUACUGGUGAUGAACUAGACAGUCUUUCUGAGCCCAGAUUGAUUGGAGAUGUGCUUGUCUUACCAAAGGAUAGCUUUGGAUGGUUGCCACACGAGAAUACCCAUGAAAAGGGAGACCCGAGUAUUCUUGUUGAGCAUCUUUUCAUUGGAUCGUGGCGAGAUAGUCACCAUGGUUGA